GCAACUGACACCCAUUUUUACAAUGUGAGCUCUGUAGCUAAAUUAGCUACAUUCCCAGGAACCUAUUUUGCACACCCCUGCUCUCCAUUUCAACUCUCUCUGAUACUUCCUCCAUUGAACACAACCACCACGCCUGCCACCGCUUCGCCCACCCAUCAUUCCCGCCUAUCCACUGAACCUCUCCGGUGACAAAUCCUCCAUUGAUCACAUAUUAUUAUUAUUAUCAUUAUUCGAUUGAAUUACAAUAUAUAGGGGAAUAUGGCAAGCGGGCAAGUGUCAAAACGAGUCAAGUACAAGAGCUCAGUGAAAGACGCUGGCACUCCUGGUCGACUAUUUUUGACUUUGGAGAGGUUAAUGUUCAAGCCUAACAGUCCUAAUUCUGCUACAAAGCUUAAUAUGGAGUUUAGAUUCAUUAAAAAUCAUAGGUACACUAAGGAGGGAUCAAAUAAAGCACCAAUGCUUAAUCUCACUUCGAGUCAGGGUGUGAAUUACAUAUUUGAGUUUGAAAGUUAUGAUGAUCUCCACGUUUGUAAAGAGUGUGUGGGCAAAGCCCUUUCGAAGACCGGAGAGACACCAAAGCCUGUAGACACUUCUGAAGUUCCCUCUGAACAACCUAGUACAGAAGAACUGCUUUCCAGGAUGAAUAUGCUGCGAGAAAAUAGCGAGUUGCAGAAGCUUCAUAAGCAGUUUGUGAGUGAUGGUGUGUUGACAGAAGCAGAAUUUUGGGCAACUAGGAAGAAGUUGCUUGGUGGGAACACUAGCAAAAAUUCAAAACAACGGACAGGCCUUAAAAGCGUCAUGAUUUCAGACACCAAGCCCUUAACUGACGGUCGAACAAACAAAGUCACAUUUACUUUGACGCCUGAGAUUGUUCGUGAGAUUUUUGCAGAGAAACCAGCAGUUCACCAAGCAUACUUGACUUUAGUUCCCAAAAAGAUGUCAGAAAGGGAUUUCUGGAGCAAAUAUUGUAGAGCAGAAUACCUCCAGCAUGCAAAAAAUGCUAAUGCUGCGGCUGCAGCAGCAGCAGAAGCUGCUGAAGAUGAGGAGCUUGCUCUUUUCCUGAAACCUAAACCUGACAAUAUUUUGGCCAGCGAAACUCGGCGGAAGAUCAGAGGUGUUGAUCCAACUCUAGACAUGGAAGCUGAUGAAGGGGAUGAUUAUACACAUCUUCCAGAUCAUGGCAUCGUCCGUGACGGUAGCAAGGAAAUAACCAAAUUUCAGCAUGAACUAUAUAGAAGAACUCUUUCACAGGACCUAAACAGGCAUGCUGCUGUUGUUCUUCAAGGAACACCUAUAGAUGAGGAGCAAUUGAAAGACACACAGACUGUAGCAGAGGCACUUGAACGGUCAAAACAGGGACAGAAUACUUCAAAUGAAGAAGCUGAUAUCAAUGCAAACCAGGAAAGAUUGAGUAGAAUUUUAAAAAUGAUGGAAAUUGACGAUCUUCAGGCGUCAAUUGAUCUUCCUUUGGCACCACUUUCUAUCAAGGAUCCAAGGGAUUACUUUGAUUCUCAACAAGCUAGUGCUCUUAAAACUUCCAGAGAUACCAGUAUUGGAAAUGAUCCAGUAAGAUGCACCCUGAGUGUGGAAGAAUCAUAUGCUUCUUUGAGGGACUCCAUUUCCCACAUAAAAAACACAGGAUUGGUUGAUCCCAUGGUUACACCUGAAGUUGCUGCUAAGGUCCUUUCGGUCUUGACCCACAAUAUCUCAAGCACCAAAUAUGAUCUUGGGAAUAAUCCUGGGCUAAGUGUUUUGGACACGUUGCCAAAUUCAAUUAAAGAGGAGCUGAUAUAUCACUGGACGUCUCUUCAAGAGUUAUUGAGGCAUUACUGGUCAUCAUAUCCAAUCACUACUAUGUAUCUUUAUAAUAAGGUAAGCAGGUUGAAGGAUGCAAUGUCAAAAAUUGAUUCUAAGCUACAGGAGCUGAAGGAAUCUGUGCAGUCAGAUCUUCGACAUCAGGUUACUCUACUAAUUCGACCAAUGCAACAGGCUCUAGAGGUAGCUAUGCAACAUUAUGAUGCAGACAUGCAGAAGAGAUCAUCGUGAAGUGGAGAGAGAUCAAAUGGAUAUACCUAGGGAAAUUUUUAUCCUUGUUUCCCUUCAAAAGCAUCAUGCUGUGACAUUAUUUGCCACCUUCAAGUCAAUUUUACUACUGAGUUCAUAUUAUUUACAUACAAAAGUGAUUAUAGUAAGCAUUGUUAGAAGUAGAAAUAUAGGGGUGCCUACAUGGUCUAUCAUCAUCGAAAUUAUGUAUUGCUAACUAUGGAUACUAUCAAUGAAGGCCAGAUUUUCUAGUA